AUGAGCCCACAACUUUUGGACUUGAGGACAGCGAGUGUCGAGGAUUCGGAAGAGAAGGGAGGUAACAUUGGAGGUACGAUCGGGUUGGUGUGCCUUGGGGUUGUAGGCGUUGUGGUGCUAGCAAUAUUUGUUGUUAAGGACAGCUCUCUAGGUGGGGUAGCAAGUGUAGCAGCUGCUAACGCACCCACAACCGGGGAUGAAAUGGCUUGAGAAAACGUCAAAGAAGUGUACACGUGAUACAAUAUAAUAUAUAGAAACGAUAGCCCUGGAAGCUUACCGUCGUCCCCUUCGAUAGGGCGCGGUGCUUGUGAAUGUAUUUAUUGGUGUUAAACAAAUUGUGAAUUUCUGUU